CUGGGUACUACCCCAGACUACUGCAUAUUGCCUCUUUGUUCCGGAUUCGUUUGGUUUGGGCGUGACGAAGGCUUGGGGUCCUCACCCGCAGUGGACAAUUUGGCUCCGGAAAUGGUUGUUGGGCACGCUGUUUCCACCGUUUUGACUACAUACGUCCGCGUUCCGGACCAGGUUGUGGAUUACACCCCCUGCCUCACCUACAAGGUGUUUUAA